AUGGCAUACACCCGAAAGAACACGCUCUCAGCCGUGGCAUCGGGCUCUGUGCAUGCCAAAUCAGCAAUAGAGCCGCAAGAUGACGACGACAACGACGACGAGCAUCUUCCCUAUACGAUAGAGGCUGAUGGGCAUGUCGAGCUUGCCCCGCAUCUGCAGCUUCGCGCCCAAAUCAACUCAACGACAACGACGCCGACAUGGCCCUUUAAGCGAUACGGACCAGGUCCUUGCGGUCGAUCGUACGCGGCAUUGUUUCGUUCACACGACAAUGACCUUCACCCAGACGUCAGUGUAUGGGCGGAUCUAGCGCUCGAGGAGCUUGUUCCUCGGACGCGUCCAGACUCGUAUUCGUUGCCGUCGUCGUUGAUGCACCCUUAUACCCAAACAAGCUCAGGCAUGCGACGUCGAGCGCGUCCAUCAGGCAUUCCGCCUUCGCUCGGACUGAAGACAAGUGUACAAGAUGAUGAGUGGCUUCAUUCUGAGGAACAUGACGUUCUCAUUGAUCAGAGCACGGCUGUCGAUGAACAAGUCGUGGACCAAGAUCGUAGCUUUGAACGUGAACUGGAAGAAUGGACUGCGUCCGAGAUGUCUAAAAAUGCGCACAACGACGAUUAUUUUGGUGCUCAGUAUCCGAGUGUGAGGAACCGCCAAGGUGUAUCUUCUUCUACGCUACCAACAUCAUCUGACAUGGCUGAGCAGCAAGAAUUCUGUCAUGCUAUUCUUUCUGUGAUCGCCCAGCGCGAUACGUUUACACGGCAGAAACGACAGCGAGCUAAUUCUGUGUCACCCAUCCAUUCCCAACCAAGCCGACGCAAGCGCCGCUCAUUAGUACCGCCGGAUGCACAGACCGAUCGCACCACAGCUGCGGCAGCACAACUGCCACCUAACGAGCGUCGAUGGGUGUGGGGCCAAAGCCGCUCAUUACGUGAGCCUGUGUCAUGA